UGUGUUCUGGUUCAAGUUCAUAUUGGUGGUUUCUGAAAAUACCGUUUGAAGCAGCAUCAUUAUGCUUUUCUGUGGUGCUUUUUUGAGGUGUCUUGUUUAGCCAUGUUCAGAGCAAUAAAACAUUUUUCUUUUGCAGGUACCUCUCUGUCAUUGGAUUUGUCAUCAACAUUGACACGUUACUGCUGAUGAUUCCUGAACUGCUCCAAGUGCAGCGGUAUGUCCUCACAUACAGGUUCAGCCAAGAUCACUUGGAGCUCCUGUUUAAUUCCAUCAGAGCAUCAGGUGGCUGGAAUAACAACCCAUCAGCAUGCCAGUUCCAGGCCAUCUUCCGCCGGCUGAUGGUUCGGUGUGGGGUUACACCCAGUGAGACUGGCAAUGUGGCAGCACAAGACAACACCGUGUCCCUGUCUGCUGUUGAAAUGUCCUCUCCUGAAUCUAAUGAAGAGCAUCCCUGUCCUUUUGCUAGGAUUUCAGCCAUUCUGGACGACCACAGCUAUCUUCCGACCAAGUUUGGUGGUCUGGUAGAAAAUGCCUUGGUUUACAUAUCUGGAUUUGUUGUGAGGCAGAUUCUGCGUAAACUAACCUGUGACCCAUGUCGAGUCAGUUUGAUUCAAGAUGCCACACCGUCUUCAUUUGAUGAGAACUACCAUCUUCUCACUUUGAAAAAUAAUGGCGGGUUAGUGAUUCCCUCACAAGGCGUAGUGAAGGUGGUGAGAGCUGCAGAGAGGGUGAUUCGUGGUGCUUCACCAAACCAUCCUCCUAAGCUGUCCGCCGUCACAUACAUAGUCCGUGAAGACAUUGGAACAGAAGAUGUUUUCCAGCUUGGGGGACACACUCAGGAGACACAAUUUGGCAUUGACAAUCACCAUUCUGACUUGCUGUCAUUGGUUGUGUCUGUGUUUCUGAAGAUAAGGAUGCACCACAUUGCAAAAGUCACAUGUCUUGGUUUGCAGAAAGGCAACACCAGAAAAAAGCUCUGCAAAACUGUCCUAUUUCAAGGCUAUUAGAUUGUGUAAAAAUGUAAUGAAUAUGUAAAUAUUGUUGUCACAACAGAUAAGUAUGUGUUUGUGUGUGUAUGU